ACGUCACUCUAUUGAUUGUGAAGGAAGGAGAUCGUCUUUUGGAGACGCCAUCUUAAAAUAAAGUGAUAUAAGUUUUGGUAGCGUAGGAUAUAGAAAAAAUCUAAAGUAAUCCCCAUUAAAUAAACUUGCAUUUGUCUAAGACAUUUUUUAUUUCGUAUUAUUCGAUAUAACGGACCAAGUUGGUGGUCGGUGAGAGGGUGUUCUCCUGAUGGUGUGUACAUCGCAGCAUGUCUGCACUCUCGACGCCGGGCGGCGGAGGAACUACGGCGCAGAGCAAGCCGACGUCCGGCAAGCAAAAAUAUCAAAAGUUGGACAUCAAUAGUUUGUACUGCGCCAACAGAAACGAAAGCUCAGAACCGUCCUCAGUUAAAUCUCAACUAAGCCGCAAACAUGGAAUGCAAAUUCUUGGAAAAGUUCCCUCUGCUCGGCGUCCACCAGCUAACUUGCCUUCUUUGAAAACUGAAACCGGACAAGACUCAAACAUCAAUUCCAAUACUACUACUACCACAACAGUAUCAACACCGGCAACAUGCACUUCCCAAACAGCAUCUACAACAACGAACAGCGGUGUUGUUGCGGGCUCAGCGCAGGGCGGCUGGGUGCCUCUGCCACCACCUUCAUCACCACACUUUCGCACAGAGUUCCCCUCUUUAGAGGCUGCCGCUCAACCCUCACACCGAACUACAGAUGUUCCAGCCUCACAACCACUAUUAAGACCACAAACGGAAGGCAGUUGGACGUGCGGUGGGACGGCAGGCGUUCGUCAAGAAACUACAUCCUCUCCCGCCACGCCACGAGCCGUGGAGGUCCUAACUGCACGACCCAUUCUGAGGGAGGAACAAAUAUCCUCACUCGAUGACAUCUCUCGUGAUGCGGGAUGGGCACAACAUGACGAUAUUGAUUAUGAUCAAAAAUUGGACUUCUCGGAUGGUGAAUCAUCGACACCCACAACAAAGUCUAGUAGUAAAAUUAACAACAACCGUUCGAGUGCUGAUAAUGACCGUUUAGAUUCUAAGAUUCAGGAACCCGGUGACGAAGACCAAUUGUGGGCAGAACGGCGACAAAAGCAAAACAAUGAAGUGGCCCAAGCUGUCGCUAGAGCACGGCAGCGUAAAGAAGAAGAGCAACGGCGACAAAUGCGUGACACGCCGGCAUCGAUUCAGCAGACUAAAGAUAACCGGGAGAAAUCGGAUCGAAUUGACAAAGAUCGCAAUGAUAAAAGAGAAAGAGAUUCUAAUUCUAGGGAAAAGGAGAGAUUAGAAAAUAGAGAUCGCGAUAGAAUGGAUAACAGGGAAAAGGAUAGAAUAGAUCACCGCGAUAGAGAUACAAGAGAAAAAGAUAGAGGUGAACCAAGAGAUCGUGAACGUUUAGAUAACAGGGAUCGUAAUGACAAUAGAGAUAGAUUCGAUAAUAGAGAUAGGGAGCGAGAUUCUGAUAGGGAAAGACAUGAGAACAGAGAUCGAAAUAGAAAUGACAACAGAAACGUCAUGGAGAAUGAAAAAGAAAGAUUAGAUGCACGGGAUAGGGAUCGUAAUGACAACAGAGAUCGCCUAGAUCGUGACAGGUUUGAUAGAGACAGAGAGCGUGGUGAUAGAGAACGCGAUCGGGACCGUGAUAGAGAUCGUGAACGUGAUCGCGACCGGGAACGUGAUCGUGGUGAUCGCGACCGUGAUCGAGGUGAUAGAGAAAGAGGUGAUCGCGAUCGAGACUUCAGGGACAGAGAUUAUGGUCGCGAUCGUGACCAGACCAGUAAUGCAUUCUCUAAAACUUUCCAAGCUAAUAUACCACCACGGUUCUUAAAACAACAACAAAGUCGACAAGAAGAACAACACAAAGGGUGGGCAUUUACAGGAAAACCAGCGCCUAGGCGUCAAGACCCACCGGCGUAUAAUGCUCCACGCCAUGCUCCACAUAAUGGCCGCCGCUCAUAUUCAAGGGACUAUUCUGAUCGCGAAGACGAAGUUAGAAGGGACAAAGAAGCUUCUGGUCCUCAAUGGCGAUCAGAAAUGCAAGAUUAUGAUAAACCUGCUCGGGAUGUAGAAAAAAGUAACUCUAAAGAUUAUGGUAAUGACUUUAGAGAUAGAAGAAAUGAGUCUGAGAGAAAAACAAUAGAAGGCCACAUUGAGCAAAGAAGUAGAACCGCUGCAGAUAAAUUAACUGAAGUCUUUGAAAGAAAAAGUAUUGGCCUAACUGAGCCAUUUGCCCCUCCCGUAGAUUCUUCCGCACAAAUACAGCCACCAGAGCGGCAUCCCACACCACCUGUAGUGCCACAGGAAACUACUGAAAAAGACUAUAGUAAAACCUCAUGGGCCGAAGCAUCACAAGAAGACCAAACAAAAUAUUCUCCUUUAAAAGCCUCAUCUGAAAAUGUCGAUUCAUCUAAAGAGAAGGAGCGAGCGCCAAAAGAAUUCACAACAUCUGAAAAAGCAGAUGUCAAUACUUCUUUACUUCAACAAACUCUUCCCACUCAACUUCAACAACAAAAUGCUGCUCCAUUAAACAAUCCUCCUCCGGUAUUACAAAGUCAAACUAACAAGUUUCACACUAACCAAGGGUCUAUUGUGCAAGAUUUUACAGCAAAUCAGCAAUUAACCCAUUUAACACAAAGCACAGCACAAUCUGCACCUCUUCCUUCUAAUCAAUCUCAACUUCCGUUUACUGAUAGCCAAUCUCUUUCUAGGCUUGGCAAUCAAUCUAUUGCCAAACCUGGAACUCAAAAUGAUAUUCCUUUAAUUUCACCACAACUUCAAAAACCUGUUGACGUAAUUUCACAACACAUAACAAGUAAGCCUGCAUUCACUUCUCAAAAGUCUGAUAAAGACUUUUCAGAAUCAGAGUCCAUAGCAUCAAAGUCUAGCAACGAUCCAACAAUUUUGUUAGCGAAAAAUACUGACACAAGAUCUGCUGAAUCUAUUCAAGGUAUUACAGAUACUCAAACACAUGUUAGUGAGGAAAAGAAAAGUGAUUGUUUCAGUAAUGAACAAUUGCACAAAAUACCCUUGAAGGAGCCCAUUGAAAGAAAAUCGAGUGGAUCAGGAUCUGAAAAGAAAAGCAGAGGUUAUGGAAACAAUAGCGGUUAUGUGUAUAACAGAGGUUGGGGACCAAGAGAAUCUCGCGGAAGACGUUCGCAUCGAAGCUCACGUUCUAAAAAUAGGGCCAGUGAAUCUGAUGCGUCGACGGAUGGAGCACCUAAUGCUGAUCGAAAAGAACGCCGUAGGGCCCCUCGUAGCCCACGAGGUCCGAAGAAGCCAGAAAGGUCUGAUGAUCUGAAUAAUUUAGUUGAUUCAGGUCAGCCAGUAAGCGACGGUGUAGAUAAUAGAGAAAUACCAUUUGCCCCUCGUGGACAACCGUCUAGACGCGGGCGGGGUGGUUUUCAAGGGACAACUCGACCACCAGCCCCUGCAAAGCGAGUUACAGGAUAUGGACCCCCCAAUACUAAGAGUCCUUUCAGUCAGGCAAAUAGAGCCGUUAAAGAUACUGAGGAUGGAAAAGAUCCUAUCCAAGAUGAUCGAAUGAAACUUAAUAAUAAGCCAAGAACUGGUUCAUCGACUGGAAGGGGUCGAGAUCGACGUCCUAAAGGAGCUGGUCAAUUGAGUGGUGAAGAUGAGAAUUGGGAAACAACAUCCGAACAUUCCGAAAGCGGCGGCGCCCGUCGUCGUUCUGUAGGCGGUAGACAAUCUGCUCAGUCUCAAAAGGGACCUGGUGGUGGUGGUGGACGCAAUCCAAAUAAUCGACAAAAUAACGGUCGUAACGGUCAAGGCAUCAAGAAAGACAAUGUAGACGGGAAAAGUGCUGAUAUAACUGAUGCUAUAAGUCUUAAAAUAUCCACUAUGAAGAAAGACGAUGAAAUUGUUGAUGAUGGAUUCCAAGAAGUGAGAAAUAAGAAAAACUCCAAAGAUCCUAGAGGACCAAUAACAAAAGACGAAAAUCAACAAUUGUCUAAACAACCUAGAUCUCACUCCAAUCAAGGUGGAGGGAGAAAUGGUUCAUCAUCAAGAAACUCGAACGACAAAGGCAACGCUCGAGGACCGACGCCCGUUUCUGGUAAACCCAAUCCGCAAUACGAAAGACCACGACAAGCCAAUUUAGCACCCCGUUUUGUGAAACAAAGGCAAAAACAGCAAAUGGGUAUGAUGUCCAGCUUUAGCCCGGAUACCGGAGCUGCCCCGCCACCGCCAUCUGUCAAUGCCUGGGAUAAACCGAUUUCACAGACGCUGCGCGGUAAUAUUGACGAGCCUUUGGAGGUAAUUGACAACAAAUCGAGUCAAUCCAGCCAACGGAGUACACCUGGGGAUAUUCCUGCUGAGACAAAGACAGCUUCAAGCCCAUGCACAAUUAUAGCAGAAAAAACUGGAGUCUUAGAUGGCACCACUCCACCUGUGGAGACCAUUAUCUUUGAAAACACAAAUUAUAAAACAAUUCCUCCAGCUGAGGCUUUAAAACAAAAAUAUCAACCUAGUGCAGCUAAUGUGAAGGCUCAGAAUGAGGAUGUUCCUGCAGAAAUUGAUGCACGGACCAUUAAUUAUAAUGGAGAUGUACGACCGCGGCCAAGAUCUAUUCAGGAAAUAAUGGCAGAGAAUAGUAGGCCAGUACCUGAUCCUGAAGGAUCUUUAGGUCUUCCAAUAUCUUUUGACACAUCACAAAAAACUGAAGACUCCUCGGACAUGAAGCUUGAUUUUGCCUUUGACUCAGAUUUAGGUCAAUUAACUGAAGAUAAAGCUGCUAAGUCACUGGGCUUGCCCCGGAGCACUCAUAUGAGCUCUUCCAAUACUAUUUCUCCUCUGGCAGCUGAUCUCAAUUUAAAAAUUGCUAGUGUUAAAAAAGUUUGGGAGAUGCCUGCUGUGGCAGAAGGAAGUGAGGAAUUGCAGUUUGCUGGAUUUGAAGAAAACAAUACCGACACCGGUGCUCCUCCUAAUGUAUGCAAAGUAAAGCCAACCCAGCAACUGCAAUCUCCGCCUCCUCAGCAUUACAAUCACAUGGGAUACCAAAGUGGAUAUGGUGGCUUGUCAGUAUCUUCACCCCCUGCUGUUCUCUUUAAUUCAUCGCAACAACUCUUGGGCUCAUCACAACAGUUGCCACAACAGGGUGGGCUAUAUGGAGCAUUUUUAGAUCAAAGUCGAGGUCAGUUCGGUGGAUUCCCUGGGACACCCUACGGUGCAGGUUCCGCCGCUCCAUACAACUACCAGCCUCCUCCAGACAUGUUCCAAAGUCUUCCAAGUCAAUAUCGCAUGGCGGCUGCUGCCGGUGGUGGAGCCGCGUUUGGACAAUCGGGGCAGUUGGGCAACAGCCCUAACACUGUCCUAAUUUCAAGCACAUCUAAUUCAUUGAUGUCUGCCACUGUCAAACCUUCUUCACAACAAAUAGGAGCUAUAGUUGAAACUUCUAUGAAUUGA